AUGCAUGCCAUCUCAAAGGGCCUGUUCUCUUUUCUCUUCUUUUCCCCCUUGGCCUUUAUUGCGCCCUCAACUGCCCGCCCGGUCGAAGUCCGCUCGCAGGAUAGUUUCGAGCAUGCGUCUGGCCACGUCUGUACCAACCUCGUGAUUCCGUUCGGUGUAACCGAGAACUCCGACGGCCACUUUGAAGAUGAAAACUAUAGCAUCGAGGUCCUGCACAACUUCAUGGACUUUCGCGACUUCCGAACGGCGACCUACAACGUCUCGGCCGUCUACUGCGCGCCGCCGGAACACGCCGCCGUGAAGCAGGACACAAUCCAGAUGCUUGUCCACGGCGCCACCUUCAGCAAGAUCAUGUGGGACUGGCCGUGGCAGCCGGAGAAGUACUCCUGGGUACGCCGCAUGCAUGCCGAGGGGUAUCCCACUCUGGCAUUUGACCUGGUCGGGUCCGGCAACUCGUCGCAUCCCCACCCGGUGUACGAAGUGCAGACGCAGUUGAUCGUUGAGCAGGUCCACCACAUGAUCAAGCUGCUGAAGGCAGGCCAAAUCGGUGGCGUGGCCUAUGACAAGGUCGCAUAUAUCGGAUUUAGCAUUUCAUCCAUUGCCGGGGUGUCGCUGGCGUACCAGGCUCCCGACGCCAUCGACGCCCUGGUCCUCCACGGCUUCACCUGGGACAUCCAGGAUCUGUACCCGGCGUUCCUGAGCGGACUGCAGGUGGCCGCCAACGGCCUCGAGAAGCCCGAGUGGAAGCAAUACCCGGCCGAGUACACGACGCAGAUGAACCCGGCUGGUCGAGAAGCGGCCGUCUUCUAUGGGAACUACGACCCGGAGAUCGUCCCCAUCGACUUCAAUCUAAGGGAUCUCGACACGCUCGGCCUGUCCAUCUCGCUGGCUUAUCAUCUCGUGACUCCCUACGAGUACAAGGGCCCUGUCAUGAUCGCCAAUGGGGACCAGGACGCAACCUUCUGCGGGCGGUCCUGUGGCUCCGCACCGUAUGAGCUCUACGACAGGUUUCCCAACGCGACGGAUUACGACAUCAAGGUCUAUCCGCAGGCCGGGCACGGCAUUCAUUUGCAUAACUAUGCCCCGCAACUGAUGGAUGAUACGCUGGCGUUUUUGAAGCGGAACGGAUUCUAG